GCUGUUUCUUCAGUUCCCUUGAGGUAGCCAAUUCACAUUUCAAGCGAUGGUUUUGGCUCCGACUCCGGCCGUCUUGACUUCCAUGCGCGGUCGCAAAGGAAGGCCGGGCUGCUGCCGCGCGCCGGUGGUGGGGUCCAGCCGGAAUGACCUAUGGCAGCCCCGCCCACGUGCUACCUGACUUACCUUAAGGUACCUAGAGGUAGACCAGGUCCGUACGGAUAGAUACGGAUGGACGGACAACGACACGCUUCAUUUUCAGCACCUCUUCUAAUGACCCCACCUGCUGAGCCAAUUGCGUCAUUUCAAAUACAAAAAGUGAACCCGACCUCAUUACUGCCUCCAGAGCGCAAUCGAAGUAAUACCAGCUCAAUACUGUUGCCAACCACAGAAUCUUUUGAUAUUCUACUUUGCGGAAUAUUCUUGAUACAAAAUACUUACAGUGCCAUCUAUACAGGCAUACAAAACCUCCAAGUCUCAUUUACGCACAGCUCUCAGGCUUGCGAUACACUACCCACUCACCAACAUGAGGGCUUAUUGGUAUGACGGCCUUGAUGGUGACCAGCGCCUGGCACAUGACUCUGGCAAGGAGGUUACCGUCGAAGAUCUGAAGAAGCUUGGUGUCUUUUACCACCAAAUCCCCAAUCUGGAUGGGGUCAACCAGCUGGCUUCGGACCGCGGCUAUAGGAACCGAGACGAGAUUGUUGUGUCGCCAGAGAAGAUGGGCGAGAUCUAUGAGGAAAAGGUUAAAUCCUUCUUCCACGAGCACUUGCACGAGGAUGAGGAAAUUCGCUAUGUUCGCGACGGUCAAGGGUUCUUUGACGUCAGAAGCGCCGAUGACGCUUGGGUUCGUAUCCGUGUUGAGAAGGACGACUUAAUCAUCCUGCCUCCUGGCAUCUACCACCGCUUUACAACCGACGAGUCGAACUACAUCAAGGCAAUGAGGCUCUUCAAAGAUGAGCCCAAGUGGACCCCUUUGAACAGGACGAAGGAUCUUGAUGUGAAUCCGCACAGGAAAGAAUAUGUUGAGCAAUACCUUCAGAACGGCGUGUCAGCAUGAACAACCAGCCAAGGACAUGGUACAUGUGGGAGAGUCUGUGGGCAUGAGCGAAGCAUGUGGAUAAGAUAUCUAGUGGGAGUAUGGAGAUGAUUCGUGUCACUUGCGGGAUCCUUUGCACUCUAAUCAUGUUUCCGAGUACAGCAAGUCUUGCUGUGAAGGCACCUCUUUGACUAAUGUACGACUUGGCAGACAAGCGCUAGACUGGGCAAUGCCUAUACUGACAUCUCCUUCUACUGCACGGCGCAAAUACAACAAGGUCUGACGAGAUUUGUCCCUGUUGUCUGAUUCCUCCAUCACAUGAAGACCGGCUUGCCAACCCCGAGAUGCCAACGGUGAAAGGCCGCUCACCCGUAAGAUCAAGCACUGCUCUGCUGGAACCAGU